AUGCCAAAUAUGGAGCCUGAGGGGCAGGAGCUGGGCACCGAGAGCCGGGGGCAGGGCGGCCAGAGCGGGCACAAGCACAAGCCGUGCCCCGACGCAGACAUGAACCUGUGCUGGAGUGAGAUCAAGCGCAAGUCCCACAACAUCAGGGCUCGGCUGGAGGCGUUCUCGGACAACAGCGGGAAGCUGCAGCUCUCCCUGCAAGAGAUCAUCGAAUGGCUCACUGCCAAAGACGAGGAGCUGUCCGAGCAGCUGCCCAUAGGGGGCGACGUGGGGGCCGUGCAGCACCAGAGGGAGUUCCACCAGGCGUUUAUGGAGGAUGUGAAGUGCCGAGGGCCAUUCAUCUACUCGGUGCUGGAGUCGGCCCAGGCCUUCCUGGCCCAGCACCCCUUCCAGGAGCCCGAGGAGUCGCUGCCUGACGGCAAAGAGUUGUCCCCGCGCCGGCGCAUGCUCAGCGUGAGUCGCACAGUGUGGAAGCAGGCGAACGUGGCGAGCGACCUGUGGGAGAAGCUGACGGCGCGCUUCGUGGACCGCCACCGGCACAUGGAGCGCACACUGGAGCGGCUGCUGCACAUGCAGGCCGCCAUGGAGGAGCUGGCCGCCGCGCUGGAGCAGGCUGAGGGCGUGCGCGACGCCUGGGAGCCCGUCGGAGACCUCUUCAUCGACUCGCUGCAGGACCACAUCGACGCCACCAAGCUGUUCAAAGAGGAGCUCUCGCAGGUGAAGGAGGGGAUGAAACAACUGAACGACCUGGCUCACCAGCUGGCCAUCUCAGACGUGCACCUGUCCAUGGAGAACGCCCGCGCCCUCGAGCACCUCAACAACCGCUGGAAGGUCCUGCAGGGCUCCAUCGAGGAGCGUCUGAAGCAGCUCCAGGAUGCGCAUCGAGACUUUGGUCCUGGAUCGCAACACUUCCUCUCCAGCUCGGUGCAGAUUCCCUGGGAGAGGGCCAUAUCCCCCAACAAAGUGCCCUACUACAUCAACCAUCAGGCCCAGACUACCUGCUGGGAUCAUCCAAAGAUGACAGAGCUCUACCAGGCGCUGGCGGACAUGAACAACAUCAAGUUCUCAUUGCAGAUGAAUGAAGCUCGGGCCGUGCAGAAGGCCCUGAGGCUGGACCUGCUGACGCUGGCCAGCGUGGUGGAGGUGUUCCGUGAGCAGGAGCUGCAGGCAGGGGAGCGAGUGCUGGACGUGGUGGAGGUGAUCCACGCCCUGACUGCCCUCUACGAGCGCCUGGAGGAGGAGCGCGCCGUGCUCAUCAACAUCCCACUCUGCGUCGACAUGUGCCUCAACUGGCUGCUCAACGUCUAUGACAGCGGUCGCAAUGGAAAGAUGCGGGUGCUCUCCUUCAAGACAGGCCUGGUGAGCUUGUGCAAAGCUGACCUCCAGGAGAAAUACAAAUAUCUUUUCCGGCAGGUGUGUGGUCAGGGUGGCCUGGCGGACCAGCGGCACCUGAGUCUCUUGCUGCACGAGGCCAUCCAGAUCCCACAGCUUCCGGGCGAGGGUGGGCAGCCUUCGGAGGCAACAGCCCGUGGAGUUGCCUGUAUGGGCAAGAGUGAGUCCGCCAAGCACCAGGCCAAGUGGCUACAUCUGCAAACAGUGCCCCAUCAAAGGCUUCCAGGUGAAAGAGCUCCGGGGAAGCCGGCUAUCGAGGCGUCCCACUUCCUGGAGUGGAUGAGCCUGGAGCCCCAGUCUCUAGUGUGGCUGCCCGUCCUGCACCGCGUCGCCGUAGCCGAGUCGGCCAAGCACCAGGCCAAGUGCUACAUCUGCAAACAGUGCCCCAUCAAAGGCUUCAGGUACCGCAGCCUCAAGCAGUUCAACGUGGACAUCUGCCAGACGUGCUUCCUCACCGGGCGCACCACCAAAGGGAAAAAGCUGCACUACCCCAUCAUGGAGUACUACACCCCCACCACCUCGGGCGAGAGGAUGAGGGACUUUGCCAAGACGCUGAAGAACAAGUUCCGCUCGAAGCAGUACUUCAGCAAGCACCCGCAGCGCGGCUACCUGCCCGUGCAGUCCGUCCUGGAGGCUGAGAGCACCGAGACGCCCUGCUCCUCACCCAAACUACCCCAUGCAGACACACACAGCCGGAUUGAGCACUUUGCCAGCAGGUUGGCAGAGAUGGAGAAUCAGAACUGCUCCUUCUUCACUGACAGCCUCUCACCGGAUGAAAGCCUGGAUGAAGAUCAGUACCUCCUGCGUCACUCCAGCCCCGCCCUGGAGCAGGACUCCCCGCUGGGAGCGCACCUGCUGCUGGCCAACAUCGACUGCCAGGACAAGGACGAGCUGCAGCGCACACUGGCCCGCCUGGAGAACGAGAACCGCAUCCUGCAGGGGGAGUACCGUCGUCUGAAGUGGCGGCACCAGGAGGCGGUGGCGUCGCCGCAGCUGACGGACGGCGACGGGGCGCUGGGCUCGCCGACGGGCCCGCAGGAUGAGGAGCUGCUGGCCGAGGCGCGUGUCCUGCGCCAGCACAAGACCCGGCUGGAGACGCGCAUGCAGAUCCUGGAGGACCACAACAAGCAGCUGGAGUCACAGCUGCACCGGCUCCGAGAGCUGCUGCUGCAGCCCAAAGAUGACUCGGAGACGAACGGGUCGGAGCCCUCCUCCCUCUCUUCGCCGGUGUCUGGGGGCGCCCACCAGGGGGAGCUACGGAGCAGAGAGACCACAGACACGGAGGCAGCAGGUGAUGACAUUGACCAAGAGCACGACACCGUUCUACAGCUCCAGGAGGUGAUUGAGCAGCUGAGGAACGUCUUUCCCUCGGAACCAGGCGGCGGAUGGACGGAUGAGUGCCGGAGUCCGGGGGGAGGUCACCGUGGGGCCGACUGAUGGACACUGGCCUUUUCUCUCCUUCGCUCACGCCGCUCCGCAACAGAGCCAGCAGAGCGCAACGAUAACCUCCAUCCAUCCUUCCAUCACACACACUGCCCUGCUCACAGCUGUGCGCUCCCCCUCAGCACCACACACACACACACACACACACACACACCCUCAGUCGUCGUCACCCACAUACCCACAUUCGCACACAUACACACACUCACACAACUCAACGGUGCCAAAGGCUAACGUUUGUCCAGACACUGUGCUUAACCAGCUGUGUGGAGUGGGCUGGAGUGUGAGAGGCUCUGUAGGUUGAACCGUGACAGCACAACGACCUUCUAGCAAAAACGGACAGGCACAACCACUCUUAACGAAACAAAAGCAAAAGGUCUUCUCUUCUUUUCAUUCCCCUCAUCAUUCUACUCUUCCCCUCCCUCCCUCCUACCCACCCACCCACAUCUCUUGCUCAUCAGAGUGCCACAAACUACAGAGUCUGGAUCACUGUGUGUCUGUGUGUGUGUGUGUGUGUGUGUGUGUUACUAACUCUCAGUCAAGCUCAGCCAUUUCUCUGAGCAUGGUUCGUGGGGUAGGUCUCAUCGGUCAGGUCAUGCGUGAGGGAGG